CCGCUCCAAAAUCCCGCCCUUUUUUCCCGGUGACUCAACCCUUUCGACCUACUUUAAAUCCAGUGUUUCUACCUUUUUUUGCCAAGCUUCAAUACAACACGUUUCACAUCACUCAUCAUGUCCAAGGGAAAGGUUUGCCUUGCCUACUCCGGUGGCCUCGAUACUAGCUGUAUCCUCAAGUACCUCAUUGAGGAUGGCUACGAGGUCGUUUGCUUCAUGGCCGAUGUUGGCCAGGAGGAGGACUUUGAGGCUGCCCGUGAGAAGGCCCUGAAGAUUGGUGCUCUCAAGUGCGAGAUUGUCGACAUCCGCCGCGAGUUCAUCGAGGAGCUCUGCUUCCCCGCCAUUGCUUGCAAUGCUGUCUACGAGAACGUGUACCUCCUUGGUACCUCUCUGGCCCGUCCCGUCAUUGCCCGUGCCCAGAUCGCUGUCGCCCAGCGCGAGGGCUGCUUCGCUGUCUCCCACGGCUGCACUGGCAAGGGUAACGACCAGGUUCGCUUCGAGCUUGCCUUCUACGCCCUCCAGCCCAACAUCAAGGUCAUUGCCCCGUGGCGUGACCCCGUCUUCUACGAGCGCUUCGUCGGCCGUAACGAUCUCCUCGCCUACGCUGCCGAGAAGGGCAUCCCCGUCACCUCCACCAAGUCCAAGCCCUGGUCCAUGGACGAGAACCUGGCCCACUGCUCCUACGAGGCCGGUAUCCUGGAGGACCCCAACAUCACUCCUCCCGCCGACAUGUGGAAGUUGACCCAGGAUCCUCUCACUGCCCCCGACCAGCCUGAGGACUUCACCCUCACCUUCGAGAAGGGUGUUCCCGUCAAGCUGGAGUACACCGAAAAGGGCCAGCAGAAGACUGUUACCGACUCCGUUGAGCUCUUCCUGACUGCCAACGCCAUUGCCCGCCGCAACGGUGUUGGUCGUAUCGACAUCGUCGAGAACCGUUUCAUCGGUAUCAAGUCCCGUGGCUGCUACGAGACCCCCGGUCUUACUUGCCUGCGCGCUGCCCACAUCGACCUUGAGGGUCUUGUGAUGGACCGUGAGGUCCGUGCCCUGCGUGACUCUUUCGUCACCUUCAACUACUCUAAGCUCCUGUACAACGGCAUGUACUUCUCCCCCGAGCGCGAGUUCCUCGAGGCCUCCAUCACCGCCUCCCAGAAGUCCGUCAACGGUGUCGUCCGCUGCCGCGCCUACAAGGGCUCCGUGUCCGUCCUCGGCCGCUACUCUGAGACCGAGAAGCUGUACGACAUGACCGAAUCCUCCAUGGAUGAGAUCGGUGACUUCUCCCCCGCCGAGACCACCGGCUUCAUCAAUGUGUCGGCCAUCCGUCUGAAGAAGUACGGCCAGAUGAAGGCUGCCGCUGGUGAGAAGCUGUAAAUAUCUUCUUCUUCUUCUUCUUCUUCUUCUCUCUCACGGUAGGAGAAUGGGGAGCCAUAUGCUGAGCAUCACUGGCUUUACCAGCCAAAAAUCGCUGGGAUUUUCCUUUUCAUCUUUAUAAUGUCCUGCUAUAUAGUGGACUGGGAUCCCAGUUUGAAUGAUUGUAUAAUGAAAUUAAAAAAAGU